AUGACCAACAGUCCUGGUCGAAUGCCAAGAGGACUCAAACGACUCAAGGCUGGCCGGGUGCCGAUUAUCCGAGGGCCAACAAAGCCGCCUGCAAGAGCAGAGCGGAAAGAUCUGCGGGCCGGCAUUGGCCGCCUGCAGGCGCUGCUCGCGACACUGCCUCGCCCAGAGCGGCGAAAGGCCGUCGAGUCGCUUUCACUGUCGCUGCGGACAGCUCUCCUCCGACAGCUCGAGGUUGCUCGAUGGAGAGGGCAUUCCGGCGAGAUAUUGCAAGCGCGAGACGACCGCCAGGAAACAGACGCUCACCAGCAUGUGAGCCAGCGCAUGUUGUGCACUCGGCGACAGCCUCCGCACCAGAAGCCGAGAGGAGCUGGAGCGGUGUCUUCAAUUUCUGUUGGGAAUGGCACCGGAUAUGUGGCACGGAUCACCAUCCGCGGCGUGUCUGUGAGCUCAAGGUGCCUCGAGACUUUCGAAAAGGCGGACAGCUUAAGGCUCUUGCUCGCGGACUUGCGCUAUGCAUUGGAGGCAGUGCCGGAUGGAGAAGAGUUCGACGAAUUGCUUGCGCAGGCCUUCUCUGGAGGGUCAGGUCGGAAGCUGAACCAGCCGUGCUUGCCGGCAUUGGGGGAUCUGCAGGCACAAGGGCCAUCCUGGCGCUUCCAUGUCAGAGUUGAUGCCCGCCGAUGGGCAGGGCGGCUGCUGACAUCAAGGACCCUCAAGUCCGUGGAGGAGGCGCUGAAGCUUCGGCGCCAAGUGACCGAAGCAAGGAAGCUGGGCUGGGCCGCUGUCUGCAAACUGUGGGCGAGGUGCCGAUCGCAUCGUGGAGCUUUGCAGAGCCGCUUACGUCAGCUUGAUGCUCACAGAGAUCAGCACAUUCACAGAAAGCAUGAAGUGCUAAAACUCCGUGCCACGGCGGCGCAGGACAAAAGACUCCUGCGUUUAGAGAGCAAGAUCAAAGCUUUGGUGCCACGCUUGGAGAAGCAAUUGGAAGUGGUGGCCUGUGAGCGGCCCAAGCCUGGCCGUGAAAGCGCUCGAGCAAUGAGAGCGAAUUUUAUUGAAGUCUGGCGCCACACUAGUAGUCACUAG